AUGGUCGCUGGCGCCUGGUUUCAAACUAUUUUCAUGCAGAAUAUUCUCGACGGCCAAGGCCUGUGGCGAACAAAGAGAUCGCUUUACGCCCAGUCUCAGCUCGUAGCGGAGGUCUACAACGAAAACGCUGAAGAGGCCUAUCGAGUGGUCAUCGAAGAUCGCCGACCUUGUGCGGCAUUCUUCCCCGGCUACGGUGAUACCUUGCCAGCGCUGACAACACCUGUGUUUCCUUCAAGCAGAUCGUUUCGAAGAAUCUGGGAGUCUUGAAUUUGAUCAAAAGGACGGCGCUGAAAUACACCUACAAAGCAUACAAACUGGACCCGAACAGGCAACGUGAGGCAUCGACCGCCAAGGCCGUACUCUAUCUCCAACCUACUAAAUGGGCGGCCAAAGAGUUACGUUGCGGUGCGGGAACGGUAAGCCUUUCCAAAGCCCCGCUACCAGCUCCUUCGAGUGCGAUUCAGCGUUGUGGCCAUGUUUUGGCACCAAGCUGCUUACAACAUCUUUCUCCCUCAGGGUGGGGUCAACUCGAACGAUUGCUCCUUCGAGGCCGAGGAUGAUUUUCAGAACGACCUUCUAUACGAGAUCUUUGUUCAGAUCGUCGCUGGCAUAAGGAAAGAAAAAUCUGCUGCUUUCCAAUGGCCAAAGGAAGGUCUCGACCCGAACGACAAUGAUCAUCGCGAGCUUGCAUUCGCUCUUUUGACUCAUGCAUAUGCCGGCGUAAGUUCCUCAACUGUUCAGCAAUGUCCAUUUCAAACUACCAAUCAUAUCGUUACAUUCUUGCUAUGCCGGAUCAGGUUCGGUAUGCCAUGCAGGUCCUUACGCCGCCCCCAUCGCUCCCCGAAUCGUCCGACGCUGGCAGAAAUGCGAAUGUGGCGAAGCAAACCGUAGCGCUCUGGCACGAGUUCUCGGCCACUCACUAUCAGGGUCCCGUCAUGGCCAUACUGCGUAGGCGUCGUAGAAAAGGCUCUGGGCCUUUUUACUCAGAAGCUAUGCAGGUACGAGUCACCAAUCGAGUACAGAACAGCGUGGAAGUAGCACUCCUCGAGGAGUAUCGAGGGCCCGGGGUUUCUAGGCGGGGAACCAGUGACGAGAUGAGAAUCACAGCCCAACGGGCUUGCGACUUUGAAGAGUCUCUCUUCACUUGA